UGCUCGUGUUGUUUCCAGUCUCGAGUCUGGAUCACUGUUGGAGUGUUGUUUAUAUUAGGCAUUUUUAUAUAUAUACAUAUUUAUUUAAUCCACCUUUAUUUUGUCUGAGCUCUACCGCCGUGAGUGUGUGUUCAGCAUAUUCUUUUGUAUAGGAUUGUACUGAUCUGGGAUCAGCGAUGACUCUAAUAUUUUUAGGAAAGAUGGGAAUCCAUAUGUAACGGUGGGAAAAAACACAGCAGCUAAAUCAGCGUGAAGCAGCUUCUAAAAUCCGCUCUACUCCCUGCUUUCUUAUAGCUCCAGGCUUUUCAGCAGGACAUCACUGCCUAAACAUGGGCUCAAUACUUAGUCGGAGAAUUGCUGGAGUUGAAGAUAUCGAUAUUCAAGCCAAUUCUGCUUACAGAUAUCCUCCCAAAUCCGGAAAUUAUUUCACCAGCCACUUUUUUAUGGGAGGCCAGAAAUUUGACACGCCCCAUCCUGAAGGAUAUCUGUUUGGUGAAAACAUGGAUUUGAAUUUUUUAGGCAACAGACCAGUACAGUUUCCCUAUGUGACCCCUGCACCUCACGAGCCUGUGAAGACCCUGAGAAGUCUAGUGAACAUCAGGAAAGACUCUUUGCGGCUUGUUAGGUACAAAGCGGAAGCUGAAAACACUACAGAGGAAGCUGCAAAUGCAGGAGUUUUGUAUGGUGUGGAGUUUUACUUUGACACCGACGCCAGGGUGGCCAUAACACUAUACUGUCAGGCUUUUGAAGAGUUUUCUAAUGGAGUGGCAGUCUAUACUCCAAAAACACCAGCUAUGGCAUCUGAGACAGUCUGCUAUAAGCGAGGGAUAAACCAGCAGUUUUCUCUGCCAUCUUUCACGAUUGAUUUUACUAAAUGGAAACCAGAGGAGCUGAACUUCGAUUUGGACAGGGGUGUUUUCCCUCUGGUGAUUCAUGCAGUUGUGGAUGAUGGAGAUGAUGUCGUUGGACACGCACAUGUACUUUUAGCAGCAUUUGAACGGCAUGUUGAUGGCAGUUUUUCAGUGAAGCCUUUGAAACAGAAGCAGAUUGUUGAUCGUGUCAGCUACCUACUCCAGGAGAUUUAUGGCAUAGAGAAUAAGAACAACCAAGAGACAAAGUCUGUAGAGGAUGAGAACAGUGACAACAGCAGCGAGUGUGUGGUGUGCCUGUCAGACCUACGCGACACACUCAUUCUCCCCUGCAGGCACCUUUGUCUCUGCAAUGCGUGUGCUGACACGCUACGUUACCAAGCCAACAACUGCCCAAUCUGCCGACUGCCCUUUAGAGCACUGCUACAAAUCCGUGCAGUGAGGAAGAAACCUGCAGGAAUGCUCUCCUCUGUCCCCUUCAGUCCGGUGCUAUCUCAGAGCUCAGACAAUACAGAGAAUUCGAACUCUGAGAACAUUCCUCCAGGCUACGAGCCAGUGUCCCUGCUGGAGGCCCUGAACGGCGUGCAGCCUGUGUCUCCUGCUCUGCCCUCAGCCCCUCUGUAUGAAGAGGUCCAGUACUCAGGUGAAAUGGGUGACCCACUGACCCUGAGCAUAAAGCAGCAGAGCACUGUGGAGCUCAGUGCAGAUCCAGCAGCUUUGAAAUCCAAACUCAGCAAGUCACCAGAUGGGUCUACACGCUCCCCCACAUCUCCUAUCCAGGAGGAGGAGGAUGAGGAGCAUCUGUCUGAUGUUCAGCCUCGUUCUUUGCGGCCCUACAGUCCAGCUCUCACCGAGGCAACAGCAGAUGGUGUAGAAUCAGAUCUAGGAUCCCCAAACACAGGAUCAGAGGCCAGGUCUGUGGGGGUGUCUGUGAGUGAAAUUCUGCAGGACUGCCACAGUGCACGCAGCAGCCUGAGUCGCACUGAGAGUGAUCCUUCAGCAGACCUAGCACUGCCUGGGUCAUCAGGGUCCAUUGAGAGUCUGAAGAGUCAGAGCACCAGCAGCUCCAUCCAACCUUUGCUCUGCCUCCCCAGCAGCCUGUGCAUCGAGGACGAGCUCCUCAGCCCCUAGCAGCAUUACGUUCCCGUGUGCCUCUGCAUUCGCCUUUCAGCUUCAAUCAAGAGUCUCCCUCAACGAAUAGCACAAUCACUAAUGUCUUUUAAAAGCUAUUAAGAAACGCCAUUGCUCGUUUGAAAGGCUCAGACUGAUGUUUCUCUGUCGUGAACUACAUAUCUCUCCAACGUUUAGUUUUUUUCAGUUAAAUCUUGUGUAUUUUAGUGUCUUCCAAACAAUCACUAAAGCAGAGGUACUCAAAUCAUAGUCCCUAAGGAGGCUGGCAAGUAACACUGAUGUUUCCAAACUAAUGAACAAAUAUCCUACUACUCUGACAAAACUUUUAAUUGUAGCAACAUUUUUGUUUAUAGAACACUAUUUUUUACAGUGAUAGUGCAAUCUUGUACGGUCCAAUCAGUUUCUUGUAGAUCCAUUUAUUUCAUUUUUCCCAUAGGUUUGUUUAUAAAUGUAUUGCUAAGUGAUUGCUAAGUCAUGUCUCCUUCUACAAGUUAUCCAUCCAAACAGUCUCUGUCAGUCCCUGCUUUUGUUUAAAGAGUUUCGAAUGGAAAACUCUGAGCACUUUGUUGAGCUUUAGUAUUUGACUUAACAUGAAUGGUUUUUGUAUUUCACUGAAAGGUUCAGGAUACAUAUUAAGCCUAGUCUUAGUCUAAAAUACGUGUUUGGUCCAGGGCAAAGCUUAGUCUCUGACUAAAAGCCAGACUAGUUUGUCAAACUUGUGGCUCUUUAGUGAUUCACUGCUUCUAUGCUCUGUAUAAUGAAUAUUGUAUAUUUGUAUGUAGUCAAAUCAUUUUAUCAUAAAGUGCUGUACACAAAUA